AUGUCUGGGUAUUGUGAAGGCAGGCUUCGGCACCGAAAUGAUUGUGCAAAUUCACACAAAUCCAAUGAGUGUCUAAAGAAAGGUAUCAAAAACUUCCAUUGUGAUUCACCUGUUCAGGUUCCAUGUAGUUUGUGCAUUAGCCAAGCGACUAGACACCCGAUUUCUUCACCUGGAAUUUUUUGUUCGUUUUUGUUGAAUUGUCAGAAACCAAGCACAGAGUGGAGCGGUGAGCUGUCUGCGGCUGCCCAGUGGUUGCUAUCGCAACACGCCUUUCAAAAUGGACUCAGCGAACUCCAGUUAGCAAUAUGUUCCUGGAUCUGUUACUCCAAAGUAUACCGAAAAAUGCCAAUCGGCUGCUCAAUUAUUCUGGCGCGUCUGCAAGAGCUGACGCUCGUGUGGUCAGAUAAAGAGUUGGAACAGGAACAUAAACGGGCGGUUACCAAUUAUGAGUUAUUCAAAAAAAUAGCUGAAGUACCCGAGGGCAAAGCGUUUGGUCACAUUAUGAAUGUGGACAUUCGGAGAAUGGUAAUCCAUCUGACCAAUUUGACUGAUGAUUUGCGGGCGGCGGACACGCUCCACCGAGAAUUGUUUGAAGAUGGCAGGCUAGGUAGUUUGGUCGGAAACAUACUAAACACAGCUCAAAAUAAAAUGCAGGACGGGGUGGAACCCGAACACAAGUUGGACCAAGACAUGUUGGAAUUGUUUUCGCUGUUCCACGCAAUCCAAAAGUUUGAACUAUUUGAGAGUUCACGGAUAGAUAAAUGGGUGUAUUUCUCGAAAACAGUGCAAUUUGGGUUCAAGUGGAUCAUAAGUUUGACGGAAACUCGGGGACUGUGCCUACCUGAUGAGCCCGAAACGGAAAGAACUCGUGAAGAACAAAGCUCCUCACCCCCCGGCACGUUAGAGGAAUUACCCAUGAUUUCACCCUCAGCUCAGAAACUAAUGGACGACAUGCGAGCGAUGUUAUUCACGUGGAUCGAAUGCUGUUGGCCCGGUGUAGAGACUUACGGUGUGAUAGCCAAGAUGGUGCUCGAAAAAUUGUUCGAUUCUGCAAUAUCCUACGCCCGAAAUUUGCACGAAAAGCUUCGUCUAAAGGGUUACUGUGAUGAGGAAGGUCAGUUCGAUAUUUCACCUCAGCUCUGCAUGGCGUUAAGCGCCCUAGAUCGUGUGAUUAUCUGGACUCAGACAAUACCGGAAAGCUGCGGUUGGUCUCGUCGUAAAUCUUGUGCAUCUGGGCAACCGGAGGAAAAAUCUCGUCUACUUGAUGAAGCCAGGCAAAGUAGUCCCACUGUGCCGCGUUUGGAACGGAUCCCUAGAGAAGAUUUACAGGCACUCUAUGAAAUACAACGUUCGGGAGUCAUCGAAAUCCGACACGUUCUGGAUCGCAUUUUCUACAGAGUAACAGCAAAGAUGCGUCCAGAAAUCCGGAAGAAUGUUUAUCACUUAUGCUGGUGCGCCUCUACCAGUCCUACGGAGAAGGCACUGAAUGACUUGCUGGUUUAUUUAGAAUCCAACAUUGACACUUUACGUAGACAAGUGUCUACUGGACUUCUACGACGCUGCUACCUGGAGUUGUGGUCAGAAUGUCUGGAGCAAUUUAUCGAACAAGCCCAUAAAGAAGCCGAGGUGGCUCCCGGUAUUGGCGGACCGGGUGCAUAUCUCAACCCACCAGAUUCAGCUUCGACACCGAACACACUUGUUAUACCUCUGUCCACACAUUUUACCGAAUCCCAGUCACCCGACGCGCCAAAUUUAGUUGAUCCUGAGACUGUAUUGAGGGCAAAGUCUACACUGCUAAAACUCAAGCAUGCCACCGAACUAUUGCUACAAUUUUUCAUGCGGACCACCAAUGGGCUACUGGAAAAAUAUGAGCUGGAGAAUGAAACAUACCAAGACAAAACAUCCAGAUCGUCUUACGGCACACUCAGCGUAAGCGUCAGUCUUCAACACUCGGAACUUAUUGUCGAGGUUCGAAAUGCUUCUGGAUUACUUCCACUGGAUUCAAAUGCCCACAACCGGUUUCGCCCUUCUUGGGGCUCAUCAGCUAGGCGCAGUCUCCUAGUUUCCGUCAACUUUAUAUUUCACUUGAACACAAAUUGCACUGUUUUCGAGAAAUACACUCAUUUUCAAAUCAAUUUGAUUUUCACGAGAGACUCAACUGAAUUUUUCGCUUGUGGUAUUCAACAACUAAAUGUGCUGCACACACGCUGCCUCAUGAUUCAGUUGGCACGAUAUUCGAGACAUCGGAGUCUGUCGGAUCCUUUUGUGGUUGUCGACCUCCUGCCGCGGCACAUAUUCAAAGUAUCUCCCAGGCAAAUGAGGACCAGGAUUGUAAAAAACAGCCUAGACCCUAUUUUCAACGAACAAUUUGAAUUUACUGCAACUGAAGUUGAACUGCGACACCCUUCAGCGUGUCUGGCUUUUGUGAUAAUGGAUCACGACAUUCUGUUGUCCGAUGAUUUGGAAGGAGUCUCGUUCCUGCGUUUAUCUACCCUUUUCGAACCGAGACGUGAAGGUAGCUGCAGGCAGGGCCCUUCGCUCAACUGUGUCUUGCCAGUUUUACAUCCCACACAUAAAAAGUACAGUGCAUUUCGCGUGCUGAGUCAGCGCACAGAUCAGUAUGCACAGGAAGUCUACAAACGGUGGCAGCCCGUGGAGCAAGACGGCUCUAGCUAG